AUGCUCAGUACGGCGGAGGAAGUGUUGCUCCAGCCUGCGCCCUACGACGCACAGUGCGAGGAGCUGCUGCGCCGGAUCACGGAACUGGCCAUCCUGCACGAGCAGUCUGACGAGGCAUUCCUCGAUUCGAUCGGUCGCCGAGGCAAAUCCGGCACUUUCACGUCGGAUGUGGACGGUGGCUUGCUGGUGCAGGCGUUACGCUCGCCGGAUUUCCGGGAGAAGGGCGGACUGACUCGGUGCCUGAUCUCGUCCAGGCUGUUGGUCUCCGGCCUCCUAGAGUCCGUGGUUGGGGAGUUGACUUGUUGGCGCUCUCAUCCUAGCGAGAGCGACCUCCAGGCCUGGAGGCGAUGGGACAAGACGUAUGAGCGCCUGGCUUCGCGCGUGGCCGCAGUGCAACAGGCAGAGAAUGCCAAGAGGGCCGUCCCCACAGCCGACCCCAUGGCACCGCGAUGGCGUUGCCUGGAGGCCGGGAGUCGACAGCUCUGCAAGCGAGAAGGGUGA